CUUCAUUUCCGAAACCUGUGCAAGUUUAUCUCUUCAUUUAAAGAGAUUCCUUUAAGUGUUUACAACUUUAAAGGAGGUGAAAGUGUGCUUUGACAAACCUUGAAAAUGGAUCUACAAACCCAUCAGUAUCAGAUGUGGCUAGCUGCUAAGAAACACCAGGAUCUCAUAGGGCAACGGCAGAAAGACCCAGAUAACUUGGCCUUGCAAAAAGAGAUCCUUGAUGUUUUGUGUCAGCUGGUAGCUAUCAAUGAAAGCCAGAAAUUGGUAGUAGCAAAGCUCAGAGAAGAAAGGGAAAAUGAGGAUUACAGAAAAAUGCAGCAAAGAGAAAGCCAGAAGGAAGACAUUGAUCUGUUGUGUGAUGAGCAGAUGUUACAUGACAACCAUGACAAGGCUGGUUCUGAACCCCCUCAUGUAACACACAAAGGCAAGAGCCCGGUCAGGGAGGCAGAAACCCAUGCAGCACCAACACCCUGCUCAGACUAUGCAAAGGACUUGCACGAUGUCAAUUCCGAUGACUGUUUUGAAGAGCCUGCUGCAGAUGGAACUCCAGCAAACCAAAGUGAGCCUAACAGCCCAACAGGAUGGUGUUCACCAGAGAAGAGACUUCACAACUUUCAGCCUCCAACGGCAGACUACUCUAUGGAAGACAUCCAUGACUUGGUCACUGAGGAUGAGUUUAUGCAUGCUCUGGGUCUUCUCACUGUGCGGGAAUGUAGAGAGGUUAUGGACAAACGUUAUGAGAGGAGGAAAAGAAAUGCUUAUUCUCAUAUAUUCUCUAAUACAAUAUGGGAAAAGCCAGAAACCCGCCGGAAACGUCGUGCCUGGCUAAUGUCUGGUGCAGGGUCACCGCCCACUCUGAGACGCAAGGUUCGACCACCUUCCCAACCACCAUCACAGCCUCAGUCGCGUCCUUGCUCGCCUGCACAAUCCUCAUGCUCGCCCCCUACCACCUGCCCCCCUUCACAGGCGGCCUCUCCCCAGUCUGUAGAGGAAGAAUUCCCCGUGGCAUCGCAGCCCUCAGAGGAAGUGUGUCCAAUGUGCAAGAUGAAGGGAGCAGAUGUGCAGUGUGAUGGAUGUGGCGUGAUAUAUCAUGGACCUUGUGUAGAUCUGGGAGACACUGAACCACCCCCUUGUUGGCUCUGUCUAACCUGUGAGCAGCUGGGGCUCCGGGCUUCAACCAACAGCGACCCACAGUACCAUAGCAGGCGUAGAGAGGCACUGGAGAUCCGCGAACGGCUUCUGCGUCAGCGUGCCGAGCUCACAAUCUCUAAACUGCAGUUGGAAGAGAGGAAAAGGCACUUAGCACUGGCUCUGCAGGCCCAGUGCUCAGAGAGAGAAAAGUUGCAGCACAAGGAGGAGGAGGUACGGGAAGCCAUCCAUCAGUUGCAAAACUUUAUCUACACAUUCCAGCAACCUGAACCACCACACAUUAGCACUUCAAGCCAAGCAAGUUCUCCAGCAGCAACAUCUCCUGUUGCAACUUCUCAUCAGCCUCUGAGAACUGGUGUUACUGCAUCACCGCCACCCAAUGCAGGACAGAAAACAGAUCAUGUGACCAAUGUAAGGUCUCCAUCACCCAGUUCCUAUCCGCUUGACUGCAGUCAAGCUGCUUCAUCUUCACCCAACUCACCCACCAAUACCCUCAAAUGGUCUGAAACAUCAUCAACACCUUCCCCCUCACCCAGUGAUAUUACUCCUCAGCUUUUCUUGCCUGGACUUACCAUAACCAGGACUUCUUCCCCUGGCCAGUCCUCUCAGGCAUCAUCUUUAAAUCACAGCUCUUCCAAAAGCAUUGUACCUAGUUUGACUAUAUCCCGUACAUCACCUCCAAGCCCGAAAUCCAACUUCCUCUCCAGCUUAACUAUAUCUCAGUCACAAAGGAGUCAGGUAAAUCCUCAGCCAUACGUGUCGGUUCACACCACCUAUGCUUCAUCAUCACCUACUCGGCCUUCUUCAAAUACAUCAUCUCCAGGUCAUCAAUCAUCUGCAUCCUUCUACCCAGGAAUUAUUGUUUCACCAUCAUGCUCGCCAAAGCCAAGUAUUUCCAUUUCCCCUAUAUAUAAUACUGGGGGCAGGAGUAAAACAAAACACAUACCACACACACAGAGGGCAUCAGCGACAGUCCAUGGUAAAAAACAGCGGUCUGAAGCUAGACUGCGUGCUGCUCUUACCCACCAGAAUGAAGCAGAUAUACACUCUCAACCAACUGACUUGUCAUCACCAUCUCACUCCAGAAAAAAUGGUAUCCCAGGAAUUAGAAGAGGAGAAAAUGAUGCAAUGGCAGCCUCUUUGUGAUAAACGUUAUUUUGUUCAUUGAUGUCUUUCACAUAUCUUCCAAUAAUACAGUGUAUUAAUUAAAUGUGUGAAAUUUCUGUGAUUCUCAGUUGAUCUUUAAAUGACCAAUUAUAGAAAUAUUUAUAUCCCAUUGAAUGGGUUUUGUAAUUCCCAAUCAAAUCAUGUGCAAUAUGUUGUGCUUUAUAUAUAUUUGAAUAUAUGAUCCGUCAAAUGAUAUCAGGUAUUUUAAAAAUGCAUUGGAAAUUAAUGUGUUCAACUCAUUUAAUAUUGAAACUGAUGCCACUUAACUACUUUGAAUGAAGUUACAGUAGAUACUGAGUGCAAGGAGGUAUUUGAAGGAUAAUGAAAAGAUGCAGGAUAUUGGUAUAAAUUUCAUUUUUAUCAUUAUCGCUGUACUACAAACACUGAGCUGCUGCCCAGACUUUCAAAGGUUUUACAAUAGGCUAUUAAUAAAAACAAUCUUUUUUUGCAUGAGUUUGCACUUAAUUUUUUUCAAAUACUUUUUCUUCAAUGCUGAAAUAUUGCAUUUAAGUUUCAGAUUUUGCAGUUUUUAGCAAAAAAAAAAAAAAAAAAAAAAAAAAAAAAAAAAAAACAA